AUGUUUCGCCCACAGAAGGUGCAGAUGGCGGAGGACGGCUGGAACACGAGGGACCCCGAGCGCGUGGCGCUCGCCUACUCAGAGGACUCUGAGUGGCGCAACAGGGCCGAGUUUGUGAAGGGCCGCGCCGCCAUCCGCGAGUUCCUGAGCCGCAAGUGGGAGCGCGAGCUGGACUACAAACUCAGGAAGUACCUCUGGGCUUUCAGGCAAGUGGCGGUGGACAAUCGCAUCGCGGUCUGCUUUGAGUACGAGUACCACGACGCCAGCGGCCAGUGGUACCGCGCCUACGGCAAUGAGAACUGGGAGUUCGGCCCGGACGGCCUCAUGCGCAAGCGCAUCGCGUGCAUCAACGAGGCGCCCAUUGCCGAGGCGGAGCGCCGCAUCUCCGUCGACGACGAGAAGGUCGCGUACAACUCAUGGCUCACAGAGCAGGGCUUAUCCACAAACCAAGCAGGCAGUGCUGGCGGCUUCCCCCUUGGUGGCGGCAACAGCAAGUGCUACUAA